AUGGACCCCAACAAUAACCGCCCCCACCUGAACUUCGGCUACAACGAACGUGCCUUCAACCCAGCGGCCGCAAACAAUCGCGCGUAUCCUACCACGCCUUCCGCGUUCCCCCAGCCGAUCUAUCAGAGCCAAAGCCCCCAGGACUACAUGGAGGCCCAGAAUGGCGUUUAUGGUCAGGGAUACUUCAUGCCAAACAACUACCCCCCGCAGGCCGCCUACGCUCAGCCUCAUUACGGCCAACCGAACCUCCAGUCCCCUCAGCCGGCCUAUCAGUCUCGAAUGGGAUACAAUGUCAACCCCAACGAUGGGACCAAUGGCUUGAUACAGCAGUUCUCCAACCAGGAUCUCAACUCCAACCGGACCGGAUUCUUCAAUCGCUCCGCCUCGCCUGGUCAAAGACCCCGUACAGCUGGUAACAACGCCGCCGGUCAGCAGCAGCAACCCGGACACUUGGCCCCUCCCGUUCCUCGCAGCCCUCGACUACCUGCGGAGAACGAAGAGCUGCAACGCUACCCUGAGCGCUUCUCUGAAAACAUUCAUAAACGUGGAAAGGCCGCGAAGGAGUUGGUCAAUGUGUUCUUCCAUGAGAACAUCGAGCGUGCGCGCGACCGCAACAUGCGUUCAGCGGAGCUCGAUAAGAUGAUGCGUGACCCCAGUGUUUCACAGGAUACGAAGGCGAAGGAGGCGGAAAUGGUUGGAAAGAAAGAGUCUACAUUCCUUCGAUUCCUUCGGACGCCCGAGACUCCAUCCAACUUCCAGACCAUCAAGAUUAUCGGAAAGGGCGCCUUUGGUGAGGUUAAGCUCGUGCAACGGAAAUCAGACCACAAGAUCUAUGCGCUAAAGUCGCUGAUCAAAUCAGAAAUGUUCAAGAAGGAUCAACUGGCCCACGUUCGUGCCGAGCGUGAUAUCCUGGCUGAUUCCAAGGACAACCCCUGGCUCGUCAAGCUUCACGCUUCAUUCCAGGACCCCGCAUAUCUAUAUCUUCUGAUGGAGUUCUUACCUGGAGGUGAUUUGAUGACCAUGUUGAUCAAGUAUGAGAUCUUCUCUGAAGACAUUACACGCUUCUACAUGGCGGAAAUUGUGAUGGCGAUCGAGGCGGUCCACAAGUUGGGCUUCCUUCACCGAGAUAUCAAACCCGACAACAUCCUUUUGGAUCGCGGUGGUCACGUCAAGCUGACUGAUUUUGGUCUCUCUACCGGAGGCAAGAAAACUCACGACAACUCAUACUAUCAGAACCUUCUGAAGAACUCUACUUCCAAGGACAAGAACCGGAACUCUGGAUAUUUCAACGAUGCCAUCAACCUGACAGUAUCAAACCGUGGACAAAUCAACACAUGGAGAAAGUCUCGCAGAGCCAUGGCUUACUCAACUGUCGGAACACCUGACUACAUUGCACCCGAAAUAUUCAAUGGUCAAGGAUACACCUAUCUCUGCGAUUGGUGGUCCGUCGGCGCUAUCAUGUUUGAAUGUCUCGUGGGCUGGCCUCCAUUCUGCGCCGAGGACACGACCGACACAUACCGCAAGAUUGUGAACUGGAGAGAGUGUCUGUACUUCCCCGAAGAGUUGACCUUGUCUCGUGAAUCUGAGGGUUUGAUUCGAAGCUUCCUGUGUGACGCAGAGCACCGUAUCGGUAACGAAGGUGGCCAGUACGGCGGCGCUACACAGAUCAAGAACCACCCGUUCUUCCGCGGAGUAGUAUGGGAACAGCUGCGCAGAAUUCGGGCUCCGUUCGAACCGCGACUGAGCUCGAAUAUUGAUGUGUCAUACUUCCCCAUUGACGAGAUUCCCCAGGAGGACACCAGUGCUAUCCACCGCGCUCAGGCCCGUGCUAUGCCGGACGAGCAGAAUGCCGAGAUGAGCUUGCCUUUCAUCGGAUACACGUACAAAGCGUUCAACGCUUUCCAGGCUAGUUGA